CUCUUCCUCUCCUCCACUCUUCCUCAUACAUACCUACUUCUCUUCUGCUUCUCGAUCGUAUACCAACUCUUUCGCACUUAGCCUUCAUCUUGUCGUCACUCAAUCCCCUCUCCUGUUCUUCAAACACAGCCUCUCACACUUGUCUUCACCAUGGCCACCAAGGGCACCAAGCCUUCCAACGGCUCCAACGGCUCCAACGCUGAGGAUGGCGCCCACUCCUACCACGCUGCCACCACCCAAGAGGCCAUCAACGCUGAGAAGGUGUAUGCUGCUCACAACUACCACCCUCUCCCCGUCGUUUUCGCCCGUGCCCAAGGUACCACAGUCUGGGACCCCGAGGGUCGCGAGUACUUGGACUUCCUGUCCGCAUACUCCGCCGUCAAUCAAGGUCACUGCCACCCGAAGCUGGUCGCAGCUCUUGUGGAACAGGCCUCUCGGCUGACGCUCAGCUCGCGGGCCUUCUAUAACGAUGUCUUCCCCCGCUUUGCCGAAUUUGUCACCAAGUAUUUUGGGUUCGACAUGGUCUUGCCCAUGAACACGGGUGCGGAAGCUGUCGAGACGGGUAUCAAGAUUGCUCGGAAGUGGGGUUAUAAGGUGAAGGGUAUCCCCGAGAACCAGGCGCUCGUUCUGAGUGCGGAGAACAACUUCCACGGACGCACAUUCGCCGCUAUCUCGUUGUCUUCUGACCCCGAAUCGCGCGAAAACUAUGGCCCCUAUCUUCCCGGUAUCGGAUGCACCAUUCCCGGAACGGACAAGCCUAUUGCCUACAACGACAAGGCGGCUCUGCGGGAGGCCUUCGAGAAGGCGGGCCCCAACUUGGCCGCCUUCUUGGUGGAGCCCAUCCAGGGCGAGGCGGGUAUCGUUGUUCCCGAUGAGGAUUACCUGCAGGAGGCCAGAGCCCUGUGCGACAAGCACAAUGUCCUGCUGAUCUGCGAUGAGAUUCAGACGGGUAUUGCCCGUACCGGUAAGCUGCUCUGCCACGAGUGGAGCGGAAUCAAGCCCGAUAUGAUUUUGUUGGGUAAGGCUAUUUCUGGUGGCAUGUAUCCCGUCUCGGCUGUCUUGGGCCGCAAGGACGUCAUGCUCACCAUUGAGCCUGGUACUCACGGUUCCACAUAUGGCGGUAACCCCUUGGCCUGUGCGGUGGCCAUCCGCGCUUUGGAAGUCAUUCAAGAGGAGCAGAUGGUCGAACGGGCUGAGAAGCUCGGUCAUGUCUUCCGCGACGGCCUGCUGGCCAUCCAGAACCCGAUCAUCCAGACAGUGCGAGGCAAGGGUCUGUUGAAUGCCAUCGUUAUCGACGAGUCGAGGACCAAUGGUCGCACGGCAUGGGACCUCUGUAUGCUGAUGAAGACCAAGGGCCUCUUGGCCAAACCCACUCACCAAAACAUCAUCCGUCUUGCGCCUCCCCUAGUUAUCACCGAGGAUGAGAUCAAGAAAGCUCUGGACAUCAUCAAGGAGUCAGUGGCAGAACUGCCCACCCUCACUGGCGAGGCUGAGGAUGAGAUCAUCCCUCCCCCUGAGAAGAAGGUCAAGGUGACCCUUGAGAACUAAAUCUGGACGCAAUGAGAGAACGAUCAUUUACAUUCUCUAUGUGACUUGAUGAUCU